UUUAAAGAGAUCUCCCCCCUCACUCAACUUAAGCAGAAAACGACUUCUCUUCUCCUUUUUCUUUCUUUCUCUGCAACUUCUUUCACAGGAAAGGCUAUAUAGAUUCGUGGAAGGAUAAUGGUGAAGAUUUGUUGUAUUGGAGCUGGUUAUGUUGGAGGUCCAACAAUGGCAGUUAUUGCCCUCAAAUGUCCAGCCAUCGAGGUCGCCGUGGUUGACAUAUCAGUCUCCCGUAUCAAUGCCUGGAACAGUGAUCAGCUCCCGAUCUAUGAGCCAGGGCUUGAUGACGUGGUGAAGUCGUGUCGUGGCAAGAAUCUGUUCUUUAGCACUGAUGUUGAGAAGCAUGUUGCUGAGGCUGACAUCAUCUUUGUGUCAGUCAACACACCCACAAAAACUCGAGGCCUCGGUGCUGGAAAAGCUGCUGAUCUCACCUACUGGGAAAGUGCUGCUCGUAUGAUCGCUGAUGUGUCAAAAUCUGACAAGAUUGUGGUCGAGAAAUCAACGGUUCCCGUGAAAACCGCUGAAGCUAUCGAAAAGAUCCUCACACACAACAGCAAAGGGGUGAACUACCAGAUCUUAUCAAACCCCGAGUUUCUCGCUGAGGGAACGGCGAUAGAAGACCUUUUUGCCCCUGACCGUGUGUUGAUCGGAGGGAGAGAAACCCCGGAUGGUCAAAGGGCAAUUAAGGCAUUAAAAGCUGUUUAUGCUAAUUGGGUGCCCGAGGAACGGAUCCUUUGUACCAAUCUUUGGUCGGCCGAGUUGUCCAAGCUGGCCGCCAAUGCGUUUUUGGCGCAAAGGAUCUCGUCUGUGAACGCCAUGUCAGCGCUGUGUGAAGCAACUGGCGCUGACGUGGCAGAGGUGUCCCACGCAGUGGGGAAGGACACCAGGAUCGGACACAAGUUCCUGAACGCGAGUGUAGGGUUCGGUGGAUCUUGUUUCCAGAAAGAUAUUCUCAACUUGGUCUACAUUUGUGAAUGCAACGGGUUACCCGAAGUGGCAAACUAUUGGAAACAAGUUAUUAAAGUUAACGAUUACCAAAAGAGUCGUUUUGUGAACCGGAUUGUUUCAUCAAUGUUUAACACGGUUUCAGGCAAAAAGAUUGCGGUUUUGGGGUUUGCGUUCAAGAAAGACACGGGUGACACGAGGGAGACUCCUGCCAUUGAUGUGUGCAAAGGGUUGCUAGGAGAUAAGGCUCAUUUGAGCAUAUAUGAUCCACAAGUGACUGAAGAACAAAUCCAGAGGGAUCUUUCGAUGAACAAGUUUGACUGGGACCACCCGGUGCACCUGCAGCCCAUGAGCCCAAGCUCGGUGAAGCAAGUGAGUGUGGUGUGGGAUGCGUAUGAGGCGGCUAAGGGUGCACAUGGACUCUGCAUCUUGACCGAAUGGGAUGAGUUUAAGAACUUGGAUUAUAAGAAGAUCUAUGAUAGUAUGCCGAAACCUGCAUUUGUGUUUGAUGGAAGGAAUGUUGUGAAUCCACAGAAGCUUAGGGAGAUUGGGUUCAUUGUGUACUCAAUUGGGAAGCCAUUGGAUUCAUGGUUGAAGGAUAUGCCUGCUGUGGCAUAAGGUUUGAGGAUUUGAAGGACUUUAUAAGUCGGGAAUUAUUUUCUUAUUAUACCAUAUAUGUAUUUUUUUUUGUUGUGAUUUAGCAUUGUUAUACGUAUUUCAUGUUUUUCAAAUAAAAUAUUUAAAUUUGUUGA